GGGCUCGGGCUGGACGGGCAGCGCCAGAGACGGCGAGUCGCCUCCCAGCGCUGCUCUCUCGAGUUCCUGGAAGAUGCUGUAGGCUGCGCCUCUGCUCAGAGAACCAAACACAUAUCUGGCUCUCCAAGGCAUAAAGGCCUGAAGAAGACGCACUUCAUCAAGAACAUGCGACAGUAUGACACGAGGAACAGCAGGAUCGUGCUGAUCUGCGCCAAGCGGUCCCUGUGUGCGGCCUUCUCGGUCCUGCCCUAUGGAGAAGGCCUGCGGGUCAGUGACCUGAGGCUGGACAGCCAGAAGCAGAGGCACCCAUCGGGCGGCGUCUCCGUGUCUUCGGAGAUGGUCUUUGAGCUGGAGGGUGUUGAGCUGGGAGCAGACGGAAAGGUGGUGUCUUACGCCAAGUUCUUGUACCCCACCAACGCCCUGGUCGCACACAAGACGGACAGCCACACCCUGCCGCCCCAGCCCCGGCCCAGCGUCCCCCGGGCUUUGCCAGGGUCAAGAUACAAACCUACUCCGGCCAAGUCAGCGUCAGCCAGCACGGAUCUAGGGACUGACGCGGGGGACGCACUGGAGUACAACCCCAACCUCCUGGACGACCCGCAGUGGCCCUGCGGCAAGCACAAGCGGGUCCUCAUCUUCGCGUCCUACAUGACCACCGUAAUAGAGUACGUGAAGCCCUCCGACCUCAAGAAGGACAUGAACGGAACCUUCCGGGAGAAGUUCCCACACAUCAAACUGACGCUGAGCAAAAUCAGGAGUUUAAAACGGGAGAUGCGCAACCUCUCUGAGGAGUGCAGCCUGGAGCCCGUGACGGUGUCCAUGGCCUACGUGUACUUCGAGAAGCUCGUCCUGCAGGGCAAACUCAACAAGCAGAACCGCAAGCUGUGCGCGGGGGCCUGCGUGCUGCUCGCCGCCAAGAUCAGCAGCGACCUCCGCAGGAGCGAGGUGAAGCAGCUCAUCGACAAGCUGGAGGAAAGGUUUCGGUUCAACAGACGGGAUCUGAUUGGCUUUGAGUUCACGGUGCUGGUGGCCUUGGAACUGGCGCUCUACCUUCCCGAGAGCCAGGUGUUACCUCACUACCGACGCCUCACGCAGCAGUUCUAGCCCGGCCUGGCCUCUGCCAGCAGGGCGGCCACCCCUCCCGGCCCCCGGCGCUCAGGGCCCCCCAGACGUUGCUGGGCCGCGAAGUGUGCGGCCCCCGGUUCCACGUGAGCGGCGGGACGCGCCUGCUGCUCUGCCUGAUGCCACUGUCCCUGCACACCUGCUUCCUUGGAGGGACACCGCUUUCAUUCCAAAGCACACCACCGCCAUGGUACAUUCCUGAGAAUUUUCUCACAUUUUUACGUGAGCAAAAUGUGAGGUUUUCUUUCUUUUUCAUGUGCCUGAGACGGACCCUGAUCCUCCUCAAGUGGGCAUCUCGGCAUCUUUUCCCUUUGCACCACCUGGGCUUCCGCAGACCCCGCCGGCACCGCGCCCGCAUCGUAGGGGCCAUCCGGCUCCCAGAGGCCGCUGAACACACUGGAAUUGCUGACGUUAAUGUAUCCAAACGUUAAGUUUUGGCUAUUUCGAGUUUUCAGCUGUGGACACAGCCUGGCUCCCUCUCGGCCGGGACUAGCCAGGCCGAGCCCGUCGGGGAUGCCCACCGGCUUCCCCUGCGGCCUUCCCCCGGCAGAGCUCAGGCAUUAGGUUCACCCAGCUAGGGCAGACUCCGGUUUCUCUCAUUUUUUACUCCAAGCAUCGUGUCACUGUGAAAUCCUGAUGCCCGAGCGUCACACGCCGGCAGGUCUCCGCGCAGACACUAGCUGACCCCACGGGGGACCCACCCUUCACCUCUCACCGGGACAGCCUGCUUGCCGGUGACACCUGGGCCUUCAGGAGGACGGACUGCUUGCUCUUGGCUAUUGAUCCUUCUUAGCAAUAUUGUGAUGGAGAAAACCAGUGCAUUUGUUGUUACUCGGGAUUUGGAUGGAUGGGUCUUGUGAAGGGACAGAAGCUGGUGGCGCGCUGUUGAGGCUGCGGACUUGGAACCACGCCUCGUCCCCGGGCAGACGGGGGACGUGACUGCUCUGGCUCCCUGGGGGGAGGGUGCACACACCCAUUUCUUCCUAGGCAAGAGGAGGCAGUCUUGGCUGUCGCACUAAUCAAGCCCAGGGGUGCUGGCUGUCACCUGUGUGCAGGCCUGUGUCCCUCCUGCACAUUGUGACCAGGUUCUCCGGCUCACUGCCCGUCAGACACUGAGGAACCGAGGGCAGUUCUCCCCCCGGGUCGGCUGGGCCUUUAAGCUGCUUCUGUGUGAACUGAUGCUUUUGCCAAAAGGAGACCCCAGUUCUGCUCACCACGGCACCCCGGCACCAGCGGCUUGGCCUGGAACCCAGCACCCGUGUCUGCGUGCCGGCCGCUGUCCCUCCUCGCUCGUGCUCGGGGACUGCGGGAGGGAGGACAGAGCCCAGGACCGUAUUCCAACCCUGACUAUUUCGGGCCACCUCCGUCCUCUCCUACGGCCCCUGGCCCGCAGGUGUCCGGGUGGGAGCAAGGGUGGGAGUGGGGAGGUCCUGGCGCUUCUCCAGACAGCACUGUGUCCGGCCACCGUCCUCACAAGGACACUCCGGCGUUCCCAGCUCUGUAAGGGACAGACUCCCAAGCUGCACCUCAAGGUGGCACAUGGCCUCAUCCUCAACGGUUUCCGUACAGGUGUUGCAGCAGCGACGGCAGCGUAGGCCUGUGCUCCCAUUAAGACUUAGUCCUUCGCGGACCGGAUUCCUCCCUCCGCGUGUCCUGUCCUCCGUGCCGAAAGCUGCUCGUAGGUGACGCUCAGGAAUCACUGCAGCAAAGCCAGUACUGAAGCCAAACUUCAGCCCGAACCCCUCAUUCUGGAGAACAAGCCCCGACACCCAAGGCAUCCCAGGGCCUGGGGCGGCUCCGGCACCAGGCAGCGGCUGUGCGAUUGUUUAAAUGUGCGCUAGGCGACUCUCUGACCUCAAUGUCCAGUCAUGUGUCAUUUGUUUGCAAAUGGUAAUGUAUUUGUGGUUCAAAGUAAAAUGUGGUUUUGCAAAGUUC